ACCCGCCCUCCCCUAACAGCCCCAAACCUCCCUUCCUCGCCCUCACCCUUGAAGACUGCCAUCUUUUGUUGCAUGGAGGCAAAGUCAGGAACCUGGAUCCUCAACCGUGGCCUCGAUCAGAAUCCUCAGGUACUGCCUUCUUGAGGUCGCCCAUGUCGCGCUUACCCCGACUCGAUAACUCUGUUGGUCGUGUUCAAUGGUGACCAUUUGUGCUUCUUCACAAUGACUGCGACCUCUCUCCAACACGCAUGUCAUUUCAUUCUCCUUGGACUGCGCUUGCCAAUGCCUUGAAGAAGCUCCUUCUCCUGCUUCGUGGUGAUUCCGACCAUCACCUCCCGUGUCCGCUCCCCACAUGCAUUGAAGUUGUCAGCGACUUCUUCCAUGGUCCCUCCUCCCUGUCUCUAUCGAUUGAAAUAUAAGCAAAUUGUUGAACGGAUUCAUCUCGUAGCGCGCAUUGCCUGCAUUUGGCCGUCCACGCUUUCGCUGCCGGCGCGAUCAGAAGUUGCUGCUGUUCUGGUUUGGUCCUCGUCGCAGAAUGCCUACUUCUCUCGACUAACCUUAAGCCAUGGUUGCUGGUUUGUUGUCAUGAAAAUAUCACAAACACCAGCUGAUGUUAUUGAACAAGGUGUCUUGCUUGGAGUUGUCAUGAAGAAAUUCAACCUACUAUGGCAUCAUUUUACAACCAUUGUCUCUUCUAUUAUUAUUAUGGCAUCAAUUUAAAGGCUCUACAAAAUAUUUUAAAUCUAUUGCUUUUUUCUUGUGGUAUUUUUUUUUUACCAGACUUUUUUCUUGUGGCAGUAUCAUAGCUACAUUUUGAUAUUUUUCUCGUAAUUUAAGCAUUCCAUUAUAACUUGGAUCCAAUAAGAUUAAAGACACACAUAAAAAAGACGAUCAAUAAAUUUUAUCAUGUUAAAAUUUCAAAAACAUUAUACGUAUUGUAUAAAGAUUUCUAAUUCAAAUAUCAAUAUAUGACAAGCCAAUUUAAUAAAAAGCCUUUAAA